CGCGCUCAGAAUCCGGCCCCGCCCCUCGUCUUCCGUCGUCCUUCUUAGCAGAAGCCGCCCGCCUGCCUCUUCGAGUUUCGCACUUGUGGACCCGGAGCCGCGGAGCCGUCGAGAUGCCGCGUGGAAGCCGAAGCCGCACCUCCCGCAUGGCCCCUCCAGCCAGCCGGGCACCGCAGAUGAGGGCUGCCCCUCGGCCCGCGCCAGCAGCUCAGCCCCCAGCUGCAGCUCCACCAGCCGCUGUUGGUUUGCCAGCCGCCGCUCCCCGACAGCCCGGCCUCAUGGCCCAGAUGGCAAGCACUGCAGCUGGCGUGGCUGUGGGCUCCGCCGUGGGGCACACCAUAGGCCACGCCCUCACUGGAGGCUUCAGUGGAGGGAGCAAUGCUGAGCCCACUAGGCCCGACAUCACUUACCAGGAGCCUCAGGGAGCCCAACCCGUGCAGCAGCAGCAGCAGCAGUUUGGCCCAUGCCACUAUGAGAUGAAGCAGUUUCUGGAGUGUGCCCAGAAUCAGAGUGACCUGAAGCUCUGUGAGGGUUUCAGCGAGGUGCUGAAGCAAUGCAGGUUUGCAAAUGGAUUGUCCUAAGCAAGAUGUUCAAAUUGAAGACAUGAAAAAUCACCUCUCAUCAUGUUAAUUUAGCAUGAAACUAAAAUAAUUGAAAUGCAAAGUUUAACCUAUUGUAGAUCAUUAAUAACCACUUUGUUUCAGGCUGGCAAUGGAAGGGAGUAUCUUAUCUCAGUUUGGGGCUGGAACAUGCUCCUGUGGCUUCCUUGAUCCAGCUUUUUGUGAUGUUGUUUAUGAGUUAAUCUGAAUAAAGUGAUUUAUUUCAAAAUG